GGUACAGUUUGCUGUUUGCCCCACCCGUUUCACUGUGUGUGUGUGUGUCUCUCUCUGCUUCUUUCCGCUUCUCCACAGAUGCAGCAGUAGGCAGGAUUGCUCCGUGUCAUAAGAUAAAUAUAUGUAGAAAUGUUCAACAACUACUUUGUGAAGAAAGCUUGACAUACCUGGCGACGAGAAGAGUCGCAGCUUUUUUUGUAAAAAAAAAUAUAUGCAGAAGACUUGGGCUUGUGUUUACCACAAACCAGACUGCCAGUCAAAGGGGCAGGAUUUACACCCGGGGAGAAAAAGCAAGAAAACCAUCGCUGGGCAAAUAAAAGCAGAAGCCGCACACCCUGGAAAACCAACCCAAAAAGGAAAUCUGGCUUACCCCGAGUGGUGGGGGAAACUAGCCUUAUUCUGUGGGGAGGGAACAGAGGAAGAGGAAAAAAGGAACCUGAAUCCAUCCGGGGGAAGAAAAAAAAAUUAGAGAAACCGAGCAAGAGGACAUUUACACCGGGGGCAAGGAGAGGAGCACAUCAACAGAAGGAAGAGGGAGAGAGAAAUUAAACACAGCGAGAAGAGCCAGCGCCGCCUCCAUUUCUCACCUUCGCAAUAUCGAUUCUGCUUUAAAUUCCCGGGUAGAGGAGCAAAAGGGGAAACAAAACCCCACAUAAGCAAUCCCGAGCCAUUAAAAAGGGAAGGAAGGAGCUGCUGAAAGGAUAUAUAAAUAAAUAUAUAAAUAUAUAUAUUUUUGCCUCCCCGAACUGAGAGUGUCUCCGGGGCCGGGCCUGCCUAGCCUAGCCCAUCCCAUCCCGGCCGUGCCCUGCCCUGCCCAGGGAGGAGGAGGAGGAGGGACUCAGACAGAGCCGGCUCCCCGGUAUAUACCCAUCCCUCGGCGACACAAGAAGCCCCGCUCUCCCGCGGCCGAGCCCAGCCUGUAGCCUCCACCGGCCUCCCUGGGGCAGCGGCGGCUGGGGGGUGGGGAAAGAGGAGGGUCGACAGCGGCGGAAACCGAGCGGGCCUUGGAUCCGACUGGAUUUCGGGGGAGGCCGAGCAGGAUUAUCCAUUUAUAAUUUUCACCCCGCCUGGGCUCCUCCAUCUUUUUUAUUAUUUGGGCGGUGACUACAGGGGGUCAGGGUGGGGGGUCUUUUUUUUUUCACCCCGGCCCCCCCCUCCUCCACCAUAGAGAGAGAAAAGAAAGAGUUGCCCCAGGGUUUCGGGGCCACCCUCGCGGCCUGACAAGGAGCCGGGGGCCCGGCACUGUCGACUCCGGUGGGUCCGGGGCCUAGUGGCUGACGGGAGAGGGAGGCCCGGCCUUCGCUCUCUUUCCUCCCUCCCUCAAACACAAACACACACACACACUCUCUCCUCCUCCUUCACUCCCCCCUCCUCCUUGCCUUCCCCCCCGGUCCCCGUCCCCCGGUUACCUCGGUGUGUGUUGCCCCGGCGCUGAAGGGGUGGCUGUGCGGGCGGGGGGCCCGGCGGUUGCUGCUGGCCGCUCGUCUCUCGGAUGACCAUGGGGUGCUUGGGGAACAGCAAGACCGAGGAUCAGAGGAACGAGGAGAAGGCGCAGCGCGAGGCCAACAAGAAAAUCGAGAAGCAGCUGCAGAAGGACAAGCAGAUCUACCGGGCGACACACCGGCUCCUGCUGCUGGGAGCUGGUGAAUCCGGUAAAAGCACUAUCGUCAAGCAGAUGCGAAUUUUACACGUCAAUGGAUUUCAUGCCGAUGAGAAAAAACGGAAAAUUCAAGACAUUAAAAAUAAUAUUAAAGAAGCUAUAGAGACAAUAGUGGGCGCAAUGAAUACGUUGGUACCACCAGUCCCAUUAGCCAAUCCAGAGAAUCAGUUUCGAUUGGAGUACAUUCUAAACUUAGCGAAUCAGAAAAACUUCGAAUUUACACAGGAGUUCUACGAACAUACAACAAUCCUCUGGCGGGAUGAAGGUGUGAAAGCAUGCUACGAGAGGUCAAAUGAGUAUCAGCUCAUUGACUGCGCACACUACUUUCUAGACAGGAUUGACAUAGUCAAACAAAAUGACUACAUACCUCCAGAUCAGGAUCUACUGCGAUGCAGAGUUUUGACAUCGGGAAUUUUUGAGACGAGGUUUCAAGUUGAAAAAGUAAACUUUCACAUGUUUGAUGUCGGAGGGCAACGAGAUGAGCGCAGGAAAUGGAUUCAGUGUUUCAAUGAUGUCACUGCUAUUAUAUUUGUGGUGGCAAGCAGUAGUUACAACAUGGUUAUACGAGAGGACAAUCAAACCAAUCGUCUCCAAGAAGCGCUCAAUUUGUUCAAAAGCAUCUGGAACAACAGGUGGCUGCGGACCAUUUCUGUAAUCCUUUUCCUAAAUAAGCAGGAUUUACUGGCAGAGAAGGUAUUGGCAGGAAAAUCUAAAAUAGAGGACUACUUUCCCGAGUUUGCUCGUUACACUACACCUGAUGAUGCAUCACCAGAGCCUGAUGAAGAUCCAAGGGUCACGAGAGCCAAGUACUUCAUCAGAGAUGAGUUCCUGAGAAUCAGCACAGCAAGCGGCGAUGGAAGGCACUACUGCUACCCUCAUUUCACAUGUGCAGUGGAUACCGAGAACAUUCGCAGGGUGUUCAAUGACUGUCGGGACAUUAUUCAACGUAUGCACCUUCGUCAGUAUGAAUUAUUGUGAUGGAGAGCACUUGUCUUUGUGUAUUGGACUCUUUAUUCCUCAUUUAACUUGCCCACACAGGGUGGAAGAGAACUGGUGCAGUCUCUCUCCGAAUGCACCCCUCCACUUUUCUCCCUGUUGGACAACAGCAGAACUUCUUGCUUGCCUCUGUCCCCUGGACAGUGUGAGAUGGCGUCACUUAAAUGGUCAUUUACAUGUGGGUUUUCCUACUACUUUAAUAAAAUCGUAACCAAAUGCCCUGGACAAGGAGUACUUGAAGGAUUAGAAAACAAAACUAAAUCAAAAAGCCCACACACAAUUGGGGAAAACCUGUUCCAGGGUAAUCAACGCUGAUGUGGGCUCUUAAUAUCGAUCCUGUAUCCAUUCACAGCAACAGAAAAUGCGAAGGUGCCAAGUCCAAGCUGAAGACUAGACCUCUGUGAUGUAUUCCAAGCCUGACAAGGUGUGGAAUGGAGAUGCUGAAUCCCUGCAGAUCCGAACAGUGCAAAAAAGAAAUCUGAUAAAGCCUCGCUGGUUUUUAGAGGGGCAUUUUUAACAAAAAAAACAAUAAAGUCUGGCAGUCCUUGGACCUAGAACGUGAUGAACUGCUUUUGGCCUGUGAUUGUAGAAAGAGUUAACCACAUACUGUUUUAGUUCUCCACAGAUUAAUCUUUCAGCUUUGUUCAUUCACUGGACUUUGGUCCAAUUAUUUCUUUCCUGUCUAUUCUGGCUUCCCUUCUUCCCUUCCCUCUGUUUUUGUUUAUUUUACUUCUGAAUUAUUAUUCUUGUACAGACUGUAAAAUGUAUUAUUUUGUACAACUUUAUUGAAAAUAACUUGUAGAAGAUCUUUGUGCCUUGAUUAUGGCUGUACCUGUAAAAUGAGCUAAGAUGUAAGUAUGUUUGAUUGCGCUGUACAGCUUUGUCAGCCCUAUCUGCAGCAUUAGCUCAAGGUAGGGAAUUUAUCUGUAGUUUAGUUUUUUUCUGGUUUAUAAAGAAGGAAAAAUGCUGUUUAGUAUAUAAAAAAAAGUACAAAAUUGUGCAAAUUAACCACUUAAGAAGUGAGGUCUUUAACAAGUGACCAGACAUUGCAGCAUCAUUUGCUUUUUUUAAUUUUAGCUUUAACUCAUUUCAGUCUAUCCAAAUGCAAACAUGGCUUGUUUCUACAUAAACCAAAUUUUGCUACAAAUUAUAAAUGUUAGUCUUUGGUCAUUCAUAGUCCUUUAAAUUUUUUUAAUAUAGGCAUUGUGUGAAUAUGGUGAUCAUCAGUAGAUCUGGCUCCUCUGGUCCAACCAACAACAGAUGUACAAUGUUGGUAAAGUUAACACAAAGCAAGGUGUAACUCCUUGCAUUUGGCCUCAGAAUUCCAGUUGCAAAUGACAUUUUUAUUUCUCUUUUAAUAAAGAGAUACCUUAGAAAAUUUUGUUUAUAUAUUAACUAUACAGUAGCAUCAAGUGAAGACGUGUGGAAUUUUCUUAAACUUGAAUAAUUUAUGCAAAUUAUAUGCUCAGAACAAGUUGUGGUACAGUACAAAAAGCAAAAAUCACUGUAGCAAUAAGAAAGCAUGUAAUUUUAGUAACUACACUGCUUUAUAUUUUAUACCUAGGUGUUUUAUGUCUGUGAGUAUGUUACUUUUUCAUGUGUCUCAAGAUUACAUGUACAAUUUGUACAAAGUCUAAAAUUACAGUUGUAAUAACAGAUCUA